GACAAAUAACUACAGAUGGGCGAUUUGAAACCUGCCGCGAAGGCAAUGUGUCCCGCCGGAAACGUGCAGAUGAAGGUGGUCAAGGGCGACUUCGGCUACGUGCUCGAAGACGUCCCCCAUCUCUCCGAUUACUUGUCCGAUCUUCCUACUUAUCCCAAUCCGUUGAGAUCCAAUCCUGCUUAUUCAGUUGUAAAGCAGUAUUUUGUUCACGUCGAUGACACCGUUGCUCAAAAGAUUGUUGUUCACACGGAUAGUCCGAGGGGGACUCACUUCCGGCGAGCAGGACCACGCCAGAAGGUUUAUUUCGACCCGGCUGAAGUUCACGCUUGUAUUGUAACAUGUGGUGGUUUGUGCCCGGGACUCAACACCGUGAUCAGGGAAAUUGUGUGUGGACUUUAUCACAUGUAUGGUGUUUCGAAAGUUCUUGGGAUAGACGGAGGAUACAAGGGUUUCUAUGCCCGAAACACCACUACCUUGACACCCAAGGUUGUCAAUGACAUCCACAAACGUGGUGGUACUAUCAUUGGUACAUCGCGAGGAGGACAUGAUACCGGAAAGAUAGUUGACAGCAUUCAGGAUCGUGGAAUUAAUCAAGUUUUCAUAAUCGGAGGUGAUGGAACUCAAAAAGGAGCAGCUGUCAUAUAUGAGGAAAUUAGGCGGCGUGGCCUCAAAGUUUCUGUUGCAGGAAUUCCGAAAACCAUAGACAAUGACAUUCCGGUCAUAGACAGAUCUUUUGGCUUUGAUACUGCGGUUGAGGAGGCUCAACGUGCCAUUAAUGCAGCUCAUGUUGAAGCUGAAAGUAUUGAGAACGGUAUUGGUGUUGUGAAGCUAAUGGGACGCUAUGCAGGUUUCAUAGCUAUGUAUGCUACACUUGCCAGCCGAGAUGUGGACUGUUGUUUGAUUCCAGAGUCUCCCUUCUAUCUUGAAGGGAAAGGUGGACUUUUUGAGUACAUUGAAAAACGACUAAAAGAAAAUGGGCAUAUGAUUAUUGUGAUAGCUGAGGGUGCAGGACAAGAUCUACUGUCAGAGAGCUUGCAAUCCAUGAACCAGCAGGAUGCCUCAGGAAACAAGCUACUUAAAGAUGUUGGGCUAUGGAUUUCUCAGAGGAUAAAGAGUCACUUCGGAAGACAACAGAAGCUUGCCAUUAAUCUUAAGUAUAUAGAUCCAACGUACAUGAUCAGGGCUAUUCCAAGCAAUGCAGCCGACAAUGUCUACUGCACACUCCUUGCUCAAAGUGCUGUUCAUGGAGCAAUGGCAGGGUACACAGGCUUCACAUGUGGGCCUGUCAAUGGAAGGCAUUCUUAUAUUCCUUUUAAUCAUAUUACAGAGAAGCAGAACAAGGUUGUGAUUACUGACAGGAUGUGGGCGCGACUCCUUUCUUCAACCAACCAACCGAGUUUCUUGAACCCUAAAGACGUCAAGGAAGUCCUAGAAGAGGAAGAGCCUCCAACCCAAAUGUUGGAAGGGGAAAACUGUAAAGAUAGCAAGUUCGCAACAAAAGACAUCCCUACCAUGUCAUGAAAACAUGCAUGCGGCUCUUCUCUUUAGCACGUCUAAGUUAUAAUCCUUAGUCAGAUGAUGAUUGAUGUACCAUCCCCAGAAUGCGGAUGAUGGAAGUUCAAGAUUUGACUUCUUAUGUGUAGACCAUUGAUUGUUCGCUUGUAUCUAAAGUUUUUUAAUUAAGCAAGCUGUACGAAGAAGAUGUAUCAGAACUUCACUCUGUUGGAUCAGUGUUGUAUUCAAAUUUUAUUUAUUUUCA